CCGUCUCUCACUACGGGUUGUCCCCGUCGAGCACCCGUACUAAUGCGAUAACCUCGUGGUUUGCCGUAGAAAUUCCAAGGUAAUAUCAAAGACCUUCUGCUUGAAUGCUUCGUGUGGCUAAUCCUAAUAAUUUAUUAUAACGUUUAAAAACAAUGAGCGGAAAGAAAUCGGAAGGGAAAUCGGGAGGGGUCACGGGAUGGAUAAGCUCGGCUUGCCGUUUUGCCGCAGACCGAAAUGAUUUUAGAAGGAAUCUCCUUGUGAACCUGGGCUUGUUUGCUGCGGGUGUUUGGGUCGCGAGAAACCUUUCAGAUUUUGACUUGAUGUCUCCUCAGCCGGUCACGUAGCUCCACACAUUAACAACAAAAUGGACUCUUACAGGUGGUGCUGAAAUGGGAGAAGAAAGACGUUUUCUACAGUGGGUCUUGUUGAACAAGCCUAUUCAACAGCGAAGGGAAUAAAUCCCAACAAUUGGAUGAUUACAAAUUGUAAAUUUCUUCUGUAUAUGCAUUGUGUUUUGUUGAAAUAAACCUCAUGUUAAAACGUUUCCUACAGCCAUUUAUUUAUAAUAAAUAUAUAAUAUACACACUAUCAGAACAAUAUUCCAAAAAAAUUAAAAGCAUGAAUUAUAAUGUCUAUUUUAUGAUCCACAGUUUGAUUCUUUCCUUAAAGAACAUCCUUCGUAGCUUUCCCAUAAUGGCAGUCUCCUACUUUG